UGCUGUGUGGCUCGUGCUGAAUCCGCUUCGUCUGUCUUCGCUGCGGCGGAGAAAUAAGAUGCGGAGUAGCAGCGGAACCGGAGCUCGCCGUGACCCGGAUCAGUACAGAACCAGAACCAAAGCCAGGCUACCUGAACCCUCCCCCGGCACGGCACGGGUCGGCUUGCAGACAGCAUGACAGCAGCGGUAGCGGAGGAGCGCGCGACAGAGAAAGGCUCCAACCGCCGCUAAGAGAGGCAGUUAGCCGGGGAAGCUAGUCGCAGAGAGAGGCAGUAAGCCGGGGAAGCUAGCCGCCGAGAGAGGCAGUUAGCUGGGGCAGCUAGGCGCUAAGAGAGGCAGAUAGUUGGGGCAGCUACCCGCUGAGAGAGGCAGUUAGCCGGGGCAGCUAACAGCGCGCACGAUGACCGCGGAGGGAAGCGGCACGAUCCGCAGCCGCAUCAAGAACCUGCUGCGCUCCCCUUCAAUCAAACUGAGGAGACGGAGCGGUGCGGCGCGGCAUAAAGAGGACCUCAGCGAAAAGGUGGUCUUGGAGAAGGUUCUGGGGAUCACAGCUCCGGGGAACCGAGCGCUGGCCUGCGACCCCCGAACUGGACUGUUGGCUUAUCCUGCCGGGUGUGUGGUCGUCCUGCUGAAUCCCCGGAAGAACAAACAGCACCACAUCUUCAACAGCUCGAGGAAGGCGAUCACCACGCUGGCCUUUUCUCCAGACGGGAAAUAUGUGGUCACAGGAGAGAGUGGCCACAUGCCGGCGGUGCGGGUGUGGGAGGUGUCGGAGCGUGUGCAGAUCUCCGAGCUGCAGGAACAUAAAUACGGUGUAGCCUGCGUGGCGUUCUCUCCCAACGGGAAAUACAUCGUCAGCGUCGGCUACCAGCACGACAUGAUGGUCAACGUGUGGAACUGGAAGAAAAACGUGGUGGUGGCAGCCAACAAGGUGUCCAGCAAGGUGACGGCCGUCUCCUUCUCGGACGACAGCUCCUACUUCGUCACCGCGGGCAACCGCCACGUGAAGUUCUGGUACCUGGACCACGCCAAAACCUCCACGGUGAACGCCACGGUGCCGCUGCUGGGGCGUUCAGGGCUGCUGGGAGAACUCAGGAACAACUUCUUCAGCGACGUGGCGUGCGGGCGCGGGCGCCACGCCGCCUCCACCUUCUGCAUCACUUCCUCCGGCCUGCUGGUCGAGUUCAACGACCGGAGACUCCUCGACAAGUGGGUCGAACUCCGGACGUCUCAGGCCACCUGUCUGUCCGUCACAGACGAGUUGAUCUUCUGUGGUUGUUCUGACGGGACGGUCCGAGCGUUCAGCCCCGUCAACCUGCACUUCCUGUGUACCCUGCCCCGCCCCCACAGCCUGGGGGCAGAUAUCAGCAGCAUGGUGGAGGCUAGUCAGCUGUUCUGCAGCCCGAGCGGGCGGCGCCCGGUGCCCGGACCUGCGGUGACCGACCUCGACCCCAGCCGCUGGCUGUCCUGCGUCUACAACGACCACAGCGUGUACGUGUGGGACGUCCGGGACCUGCGGGACCCCCGCCGGCCCGGGAAGCUCUACUCAGCCCUCUACCACUCAGCCUGCGUCUGGAGCCUCGAGGUGUAUCCAGAGGGGGGGGGAGGAGGAACCAAGCGUCUCCCCCCCGGCUCCUUCCUCACCUGCUCCUCUGAUAACACCAUCCGGCUCUGGAACACUGACGGGCAAAACCUCGUCACCAGGAACAUCCUGAGCCACGACCUGCAGAAGGUGAUCUACGUGGACGAGAGCGUGAUUGGUCUGCUGGACCCGGAGAGCGCCACGCUGAGCGGCGUGGAGGACGGGACGCCAGCGGACCAGAGCCGCGCCGGCAUCAGGACACUGAGGGUCAGUCCUGAUGGACUACACCUGGCCUCUGGAGACCGCAUGGGGGUCCUCAGGAUUCAUAAUCUGGACAGCAUGGAGGAGAUCUUGAACGUUCAGGCUCACGACUCUGAGAUUCUCUGCCUCGAGUUCUCCAAACCAGACACCGGUCUCCAGUUAUUAGCCACAGCCAGCCGGGAUCGUCUGAUCCACGUGCUGGACGCGGGCCGAGACUACAGCCUGGUUCAGACUCUGGACGAGCACUCGUCCUCCAUCACUGCCGUCCGAUUCGCCGCCAAUGAGGGCAAAGUGAGGAUGAUCAGCUGUGGGGCAGAUAAGAGCGUCUACUUCCGCACCGCUCAGCAGAUGGAGGAUGGGCUGGAGUUCACUCGGACUCAUCACGUGGUCCGGAAGACCACUCUCUACGACAUGGACGUGGAGCCGACCCGCAAGUACGCUGCCGUGGGCUGUCAGGAUCGCAGCAUCAGGAUCUUUAACAUCAGCAACGGGAAGCAGAAGAAGAUGUAUAAAGGCUCUCAGGGCGAGGACGGGACUCUCAUUAAGGUGCAGAUCGACCCGUCCGGUCUCUACAUCGCCACUUCCUGUUCGGAUAAGAACAUCAGCAUCUUUGACUUCUACUCUGGAGAGUGUGUGGCCACCAUGUUCGGACACUCAGAGAUAGUAACCGGUCUGAAGUUCAGCAGUGACUGCAGACACCUGUUCACCGUGUCUGGAGACAGCUGUAUCUUCGUGUGGCGUCUCAGUCCCGAGUUGACCAUCAGGAUGAGGCAGCGACUCGCUGACCUCCGACCUCCCAGCAGCACUCCGACUUCCCAGAAUGCACCUCAGCAAAAAGUGGUGACCCUCAGCAGGGAGGUGGCGUCUCCUCGUGUUGUCACCAUGUCGUCUGAUAGCGACAAGGAGGAGGAAGAGGAGGAAGAGGAGGAGGAGCACAGCAGUCCUUAUAUGGCCGCAGGCGGAAGUCUGGAGGAGGAGAAAGAAAUGUCUGAUGAGAAGUUGGAUUCUCAGCGCUGCAGAGAAGGCAGGAAGGAGGUGCCAGUGGGGCGGCUCCCUCGCCGGCGCUGGUCCAGGAGGAUGGGUGGAGACAGUGUUCUGAUGGUGAAGUCCAUGUUGGACCUGAGGCUGCUGGACUCGUACUGUCCUGACAGACAGGAGGAGCAGCAGGCGGAGCAAGAAGGGGUGAAGACACGCCCCCUUGAUGUCAGCCCGAAGCGGAGGGACCCAGGUGUGGAGGCGGAGCUUCACAGGACCAAUCAGGAGCUGGGGAGCACCAUCAGUCUGCAGGUCACCACCGCAUGGACAGAGGAUGACGAGGCAAGGACCAAUCAGAGGCCAGAAUUUAUCCAUCUGUCCAACCGGAACUCAGACAGGGAGCCUCUGGUGCUGUAUCCCGACCAAUGGGAGGACAGAUUGAGCCUGGCAGGGAGUGAGUUCCAGGUGAAGGAGGCGCGUCCCGCGGCUGAAGGAGGACCACAGGACAAACCGAGUCCAGACAGCGGCUGCUCUCUGGGAUUCAGCUCCAGCCUGUCCAGUCCAGUCAGACCUGCAGCAGACGACUCUGAACCCCUGGAGCCUCUCAGUGGGGAUGGAAACUCCUCGGAGUUGGAGAUGGAGGAGGAUGAAGACGAAGGAGGAGGAGGAAGAGGAGAGGUCAGAGUCUCGCAGAUCGUCCCUCAGACUCCAGACCAGGAAGCUUUCCUGAAGGAACACUUUGUCAAACUGGCCGAGCUCUCAGACUCAGGGAGUCCCAGCAAAGCGUCUCACAGCUCCAGUGAGAGUCUCAGCAUCUCGUCCAGGUUCCUCUCCCAGAAUGCAGCUGGAAGCCGGACUGUGAUUCCUCUCCCAUCUCGGACCUCCGGGGGAGGAGGAGAGGGGGUGAAAGCCCGUCCUCUGGUCUCCGAGGUCCGCCCUCUGAUGGAGCAGAACCGGGACAGCAGGGUGUCGUGGAAGCCAGACCACACACUAAAACAGAGCCUGGACCAAACACACAAACAGAACCAGGACCAAACACACAAACAGAGCCCGGACCAAGCAAACAAACAGAACCAGGACCAAACACACAAGCAGAACCAGGACAAAACACAACAGAGCCCUGACCAAACACAGAAACAGAACCAGGAUCAAACACAGAAACAGAACCAGGACCAAACACACAAACAGAACCCGGACCAAACCGAGCAGGGUUGGGAUCGGCUGCAGGGCCGGAUAGAGGGGGAGGGUGCGGCCCAGCAGGCCCACCGGCCCUCCCCAUUAAAGAAAAAGGUCCAAACCUCGCUGGAGUCCAGGAGGAACCUGGGCCCGGUGGCCCGAGCCGCUGCCUCCCAUCUGAACUCCUCCUCUGGGCUUCGGAAGGCUCAGUCGGUCCAGAACCUGCUGACGGAUACAGGUGACUCCUUUCUCUCCCCAGCGGCCCCCCCUCAGCUGCAGCGUCCCACCACCCUCCCCCUCCUCCCGAGACGCCCCCCGACCCCCCCCCAGCAGCUCCGUCUGCUCCCUCCUCCCACAGGAAGUCCUCCCCUCCCCUUGGCCCCCCCGGCGGCGUCCCGCUCCUACAUGAGCCCGACCGCCAGCUCCAAGGCCAAGAUGUCUCGCUCCGUCUCCGUGGGCGACGGCCUCAACGACCCCCCCGACGCCGCCGGCGGCGAGGACCUCGAUGACCCCUUCUCCUCUCGGGUCAAAGGCGCCCCGCCUCCUUCUCUUCCUCUGGUUGCCGUGGUGCCCUCCAACGCUGCUCUGGACACGCCCCCGCACGCUGCCGUCACCCCUGUCGUGAUAGGGGGUGACCACGGUAACCACGGUUACCCGGUGCCCCCCCGCGGCCUCCAGGCGCGGGUCCCGGGCAGCAGCAGGCCGCUCCCCGACAAGCCCUCCCUCGCCGCGCUGUCCUCUCCAUUGCCGCGGCGGCCUCCGCCGGUGUCCGUCUCGCCGCUGAUGAUGACUCCGCCCCCUAAGGACUCCGAGCAGCUGACUCCGCCCCCUCGGGACACCCAGCAGCUGACUCCGCCCCCUCGGGACACCCAGCAGCUGACUCCGCUCCCUCGGGACACCCAGCAGCUGACUCCGCCCCCUCGGGACUCCUCCGAGCAGCUGACUCCGCCCCCUCGGGACGCAGAGCAGCAGGCUCCGCCCCCUCGGGACACUCAGCAGCUGACUCCACCCCCUCGGGACGCAGAGCAGCAGGCUCCGCCCCCUCGGGACACUCAGCAGCUGACUCCGCCCCCUCGGGAAACCGAGCAGCAGGCUCAUCCCCCUCAGGACACCCAGCAGCUGACUCCGAGCGGCAGCCAUGACGCAGGUUUGGACUCUCAUCCUCCUCCUCCUCCUCUUCUUCUUCAUCCCUUCAUCCUGUCGUCUCAGCGUGGGGGCUCUGGGCUCUGGCUCCUCCCCCACCGAUCCUCCUCUCGCUCCGUACUCACGGACCAGCCAAUCAGUGUGGAGACCUGCAGAGCUCUGACCAAUGAGCUGCAGAGUUGCUUCAAGAGAGCAACCCACUUGUACAGGAAGGUGAGCGGCUCCUCCCACGAUGACUCCGCCCCCGACCAGCGGCGGAGCUCGAGUGUCUGCCGCUCGGCGCGCCGAGCAUGCUGGGAGUUGAGGCGGGCCUGGGGGGGGGGGGAGGUGAAAACAGCCGCCCUGCUGGAGGAGUACUCUCUACUGCUGCUGCAGGCCGUCCAACGGAGGAUCGACCACGCUCAGCACUGAGGCUCCGCACGCCAUCACCGGAGGAUCGAUCAUACACUGAGGCUCCGCAUACACACACACACAUACACACACAGACACACACACACACACACACACACACACACACACACACA